CACUGUGUUUUUUUUUCCUUUUCUUUUUCUUACUUUACUUUUUUAUUAAAAUUGUAGUAUGUACUUUUCGUUCCUCUUCUUCUCAAGUCUCUCUCUCUCUCUCUCUCUCUCUCUCUCUCUAUCUGAUUUUUCCUUGGUUGUUGGAGGAGGCAUGAUUGGAAUUUGGAUGUGUAUGUGAAUAUCAGUUUGUAUAGUACUACUAUUAUUGUUCUUGAAAUCUUUCUACUUUGAAAGUCUUUGUGUUGGUUUGUCGGAAUUGAGAGAAAAUUUUGGAAGAGAAAUGGAUGAUGAAUAUGCUAAGCUUAUCAGGAGGAUGAACCCUCCAAGCAAUCAGAUAGGUCUUCCUGAUUCUUGCUCUUCUUAAUUAAAGUUGUGAUUGACAACAAUUCUUGUGAGGGUGCCACUGUUAUUCAGGUUGACAGUGUAAACAAACAUGGGAUUCUCCUGGAAGUUGUCCAAGUGCUUACGGAUAUGAACCUUAUAAUAACAAAGGCAUACAUCUCAUGUGACGCGGGAUGGUUCAUGGAUGUGUUUAACGUGAUUGACUACGAUGGGAACAAAAUCAGAGAUAAGGAAGUCAUCGAUUAUAUUCAAAGGAGGCUUGAAAGUAAUGCCAGCUUCUCACCCUCCUUGAGAGACUCUGUUGGGGUAAUGCCUUCUGAAGAGCAUACCUCAAUAGAACUCAGUGGUACUGACAGGCCUGGCUUAUUGUCUGAAGUGUGUGCGGUUCUCACAGACCUUCACUGUAGUGUGGUGAAUGCUGAGAUAUGGACACACAAUGCAAGGGCUGCAGCUGUAGUUAAUGUCACAGAUGAUUCCACUGGGUGUGCAAUCAAAGAUCCAAAACGUCUCUCAACAAUUAAGGAAUUGCUUUGCAAUGUCCUCAAAGGAAACGAUGACUUGAAGACAGCAAAUAUGACACUCUCACCCCCUGGAGUUACAAACAGGGAGAGAAGGUUACAUCAGAUUAUGUUUGCUGACAGGGACUACGAAAGAGUUGAAGUAGACAGACUUGGGGGACUUGAGAACAAGAAAUCAAGACCUCAUGUAACUGUGUUGGAUUGCAGCCAGAAAGAUUACACAGUGAUUACUAUGAGGUCAAAAGAUCGGCCAAAACUGUUGUUUGACAUCAUUUGCACUUUGACGGACAUGCAGUACGUAGUUUUCCAUGGAAUGGUCAACACAGGGAGGAUGGAAGCUUAUCAGGAAUUUUAUAUUCGACAUGUUGACGGCCUUCCUAUAAGUUCAGAAGCUGAGAGAGAACGCGUUGUACAGUGUCUUGAAGCGGCCAUUGAAAGACGGGCAUAUGAGGGACUGGAGCUUGAAUUGUGCACUGAAGACCGGGUUGGUCUCCUCUCUGAUAUCACCAGAAUUUUCCGUGAAAACAGUUUAUGCAUUAAAAGAGCUGAAAUUUCAACAAAAGUUGGACAGGUCAAAGACACUUUCUAUGUCACAGAUGUGACUGGCAACCCUGUUGACCCCAAGAUUAUCGAUGCACUUCGCAGACAGAUUGGCCAGAGUGUGCUCAAGGUUAAACAUAAUUCAAGUAUUUCACCAAAGCCUCCUCAAGAAACUACAAUGGGAUUCUUAUUUGGAAAUUUGUUUAAAGCUCGAAAUUUCCAAAGUUUCAAAUUGGUCAGAUCCUACUCUUAAUAUCUUCCUGUAUAUUCUCAGAAGUCAGAAGUAUAAACUGUACAGAGAUAUUAGAAAAUCGUUACUCUGAAGAAUGCAUAGGGAUGAAAAAAACAUGUAAGUAGGAACCUCCCUUUCCUCGUGCACAUAGGGUUAAUGUUAUGUGUUGAUGUACUACAGAAGAAACCCAGAAGCCACUUUAUACUGUGAAUAGUACUGGUGGGGUUUGUAUAUGCUUAUGUCCUGUAAGUAGGUUAUGUACAGUGUGAUGUUACAUUGAUUGUACAGAGAUAUGGAAGCUGUAUAGAUAUAAUUGAGCUCAAUCAAAAAGUUAUGUAAAAAUCUUAGUGUUUCUUGUCCUUUUGCAGCAUUGUAUUAAAUUGAGUGGAUAUUAUUUUGUGGGGUCUA